CGCGAUUCCAACCGCUUUGACAGCUCGCGUGACAGUUGUGGCCUGGCCAACUCACCCCUGCAGAAAAUAUACACAGAACGCGAACUCAACACACAACAAUUUCCUGCAAAAUUCACGUCACAAUGUAUAGGAUGUGCAACCUAUCGAACCUGCUGAACUUCAUCAUCUGCAUAGCCAGCUUCAGCCAGAACUUCGAUGGCACCCUGGCGGUCAAGAGGGGUCCACAUCAUCCAAGGGGCGAAACCCGGAGAGUGGACCAGCAUCUCACCCAUGAGGAGCAUCGCAUCGAUGACGAUUUGAGGGACAUGGGCGUGCAGGCAAAUCUAGAUGAUUUGAGUGAGGAGGAGAAGAUCUUCUACAUGUUCAAGGCCCAUGACAAUGAUAAUAACAAUGCACUGGACGGGCUCGAAAUGAUUCAGUCUGCCAUGCAUCAUAACUAUGACUAUUUCAAAAACAACGAGCGGGAUGAAUACCUACAAAAUGCCACUGAUGAGCUGGAGCACUUUAUAGAGGCAAUUGAUAAAUUCCUGCUGAUUGCCGACGACAAUAACGAUGGCCUGCUGCACUACCCAGAGUUCGUGAAGGCCAUCACCGGUGGCAAGGAGCAGCCGGGUGUGGACAGGAAUAUUCUGCGCUAAUCCCUCGAAAGAUCCCGACUAGCAGUACUCAACCAAAAAGGAAACCGAACAGCCGAAGUAGACACAAUAAUAGUCAUAGCAUAGUUAAAUUUUGUAGCAACUUAACUGAUUUCCAAGCUGAACCAUUUGAGACUGUAAUACCACAAGCAGACGCCAACCAAGCACUAGACUGCACCUCGUUUGUACUACAACCU